UUCCCGCCCGCAGUCCGCUCUCGGCCGCCGAGGACGCGCCGCCGCUCUCCUCAGGCAACAUGCCUGCCCUAAGACCCCUCAUCAGGCCCGAUAUUGUCAAGAAACGGAGGCAAAAGUUCAUUCGUCACCAGUCUGAUCGUUAUGUAAAGAUUAAGCGUAAUUGGCGUAAACCCAGAGGUAUUGACAACCGGGUGCGGAGGAGGUUUAAAGGCCAGAUUCUUAUGCCCAACAUUGGGUACGGCAGCAACAAGAAGACAAAACACAUGUUGCCCUCAGGAUUCCGGAAAUUCCUGAUCCACAAUAUCAAGGAGCUGGAGGUUCUCAUGAUGAGCAACAAGUCUUAUUGUGCGGAGAUCGCGCAUAAUGUCUCGUCCAAAAACCGCAAAUUGAUCGUGGAGAGAGCAGCCCAACUUGCAAUCAAGGUCACCAAUCCAAAUGCCAGAUUACGUAGUGAAGAGAACGAAUAAACUGAGUGCUGACUGCGUCAUUGUAACUGGGUUUAAUAAUAAAGUGAUAUUACAC